CCCUGUCGUGUUCGAUCUGCUAUUUUAUAUAGAUUUUUUUCCUCGUAUCCUCGUCGGACCGUUUUCUAUUCGCGCAGCAACUUCCGGGACGUCCAUUUCUGUGAGUGGGUGUUUUUUAGCUCGGCUGAAUCGGAAUCAUGAAAUCGCUUCUGAUCCUUUCGGCAUGCGUUGCAUGCGCAUUCGCCUUCCCGGAGCCACCACGGGGGCGCAUUGUCCUGCCGGCAAAGCAGCUCCAGCUGCCCGAACACGAGUAUGGCGCCCCCAAGCCCGAAUACGGCCCACCUGCCCCGGAGUACGGUCCUCCAACACCGGUCUACGGGCCACCGGCCGCUGAGUAUGGCCCCCCACCGGUACAGCAACUGGUCACCAAAAAUGUCUACGUACACGUUCCGCCAGAGGAGCCAACCGAAAUCAUCAAGAGUGCCGUGCUGGAAGCUCCCAUCCCGAAGAAACACUACAAGAUCAUCUUCAUCAAGGCUCCAGCGCCACCGGCACCGAUUCAGCAGCAGAUCCCACCCCAACCACAGGACGAACACAAAACGCUGGUGUACGUGUUGGUCAAGAAACCCGAGGAACCUGCUCCGUUGGAGAUUCCCCAGGCUGAACCAACCGAACCCAGCAAGCCGGAAGUUUACUUCAUCAAGUACAAGACCAACGAGAACAAAGAACCAGCCAAGAGCUAUGGGCCUCCAGCUAAUGCCUAUGGACCGCCUUCUCCUCCUUCGGGACCGGCACGUUACCAGCAGUUUUAAACCUAUAAGCAGCGGUGUUAGAUACGAAUCAGGGUUAUUGUUACUUGUUGUUUAUUUUUUAUUAGAACCAUUAUCUAAGAUAAGAUAGCAUUUAUUACUUAUUCAGGUGAGUUUUCAACGUUCGAUCGGAAUUAUAGAGCACCAACUCCCAUCCCGUCCCUUGCACUAUCCUUUCACUAUGUUUUGUAUAUAGACCCACACUUCAAUAUCCUACCUUCCCGUCCGAAAAUUCACCUGUUAAAAGCAUCUAUAUCUAUAUCGCUAUAUCCUGGAAGAAUACUGGCGUUUUUCUUCUAAUCAAAACCUCUCCCAUUCACGUUCCAACUUCCCAGCCAACCAAAUCUAAUGGGAAAAAAAUCUUGACUGUGUAAAUAUUGAUUCUGUCCCCCACUCCCAUCGAUUCAAACCAUAAAAACACUUCCAUUAGACGAGCAUCCUUCCUAUCCCUCUCAUCCCACCAACCAUAUACAACAGUUGAUUGAAACGUGACGAACACGUUAGAGUACCAGUAGCUUCACAAUAGAGAAACAGAGAGAGAGAGAGAGAGAGAGAGAGAGAAAUAAAAAU